AGCUGUGAGGCCUACGAAAAUGUAUUUCGUAAUGCAUUUGAAUCUUGUGUAAAGUGAACAAAAGCAGUGCGAAAUUAACAAAUAAAAUUCAACAAUUUCUAAAUACAUCAGAAAUUAACUGAAAGCUAGUUGCAGCUGGAAGAGUUCAAACGAAGCAAUUGGCUAAUUAACAUUUGGAAUUUGGCAUUUGCCACAAAGCGAGCAGCAUUUGUGGCAAACCUGUUGCUGCCGCAGCUGUUGACACUCUCGAAACGGAUAAAUUCCAGAGCCAAAAAGCCAUUCUAAAAGAUGCUGUAAGGUGUUUGAAGGCAUAAAACCCAUGGCCAUGCAGGAUAUACGACUACGUCUCGAGCCGCAACACAGUACAGCCGCGUUCUCCAACUCGCCAGCAGCAGCAGCCGCAUCCAACGCGGAGACAACGCUCAUCGAGACGGGCGACACGACAGGCCCAGCAACAGGCUCGCCCACAGCUCGACCCCUGGCUCAGCUGCUGCCCGAGCUAAGUUUCAGCCCACCCACAACGGGCGGCACAACAGGCCCAACACAGCAGCAUUUCUACCAUCAACAUCAACAUCAUCAUCAUCAGCAUUCGCAUCCGCAUUCGCAUUCGCAUCCGCAUCCGGUUCAGCCGCGUGCCUCGCCGCGGCAUCACGUGGAGCAGCUGCAGUUGCUGCACAGCAGCCAUCACGCACACAGCCAUAACAAUGGGCAGGAGCAGCAGGUGCCACGUUCGCCCAGCUCCGAGGAGGACAAUUCCCCAACUGAAAUGAAUAAUUGUCGUCGUUUGGUUGAUAAACCCCCUCUGGUUAAACGCCUCACCAUGGGCAUUGGACUGCUGCGCGGCACCGAGGACAGCCGCCCGCUGGUGCACAACACCUGCUCCUCCUCGCUCAACUCGGGCUCAUCGCAGACCAUUUCGGAUGGCUAUGUGAACGAGGCCAUCUGCGAGCCGGAUAAAUAUGUUGCAAGCAAAUUCGGUGACUCCUGUCGUCAAUCGCUGACGGCCCUGGAAACGGCCACCCAACGGUUACAGUCGGAGCUGCCCAACAGCAAGAAAUAUUUGCGUGAGACGUGCAGCGCAAACUCCAGUCCGAAACUGUUUGCGGCGAAUUCACCAUUUCGCCUGGACAACCUGAGCCUGGCCGAGCAGCAGGAGCUGAAAGGCGCCGCCUGGUAUCAGGCGGGCAUACCCAGAGAGAUUUCACUGGAGGUGCUGUCCCGCCAGAGUCCGGGCGCCUUUCUGGUGCGCCAGAGCAGCACCAAGCCGGGCUGCUUUGCGCUGUCGCUGCGCGUGCCGCCGCCAUCGCCGCGCGUCGCACACUAUUUGAUACUCCGCACGCAGCGGGGCUACAAGAUCAAGGGCUUCACCAAGGAGUUCAGCUCGUUGCGUGCUCUGAUAACGCAUCACUCCGUGAUGCCGGAGCUGUUGCCGGUGCCGCUGACACUGCCGCGUCCGGCGCACAUACGCGCCCAGACGCAGGCCUACGGGCAUGGGAAUGGGAGCGGAAGCGGGAGCGGGAACGGAGGCGACUUUGAGAUGUACGGCUCGCUAAAUGAUUUUCGCAAAAUGAUGGCCGAUUUGAAUGUGUGAUCGGACGCGGACGCGGGCGCGGGCGGGCUGCGGGUGCGGGUGCGGGGCCGCAUCUAAUUAAUUAAGUAAUUAUGUGACAUUGAUUGAAUUAAGCGCGCGCACACACAUGUUGUCUGGACUCGUGUCAGGAGGCGGGUCUGCUGCGGCCCGCUGUCCUGUCUGGACAGGAUAACAAUCUGUUUAAUUUGCUUAAUUGGCUGUGCUGGCGGUUGACGUGGCGACCAAACGCAAAAAUCCACCAGAAUCCAACACACAAAACACAAGAAAGAACGGCAAGCUACGGCACACCGAAGAUUAAAUACUCUACGAGCAUUGUGAAGCUUGCAAAUGGGCAGCUUGCUGAAGAUUUCUUGAAAGACACAAAAACUGACUUUUACAGCCGAUUCUAGCAGAUCUAUAUGUUAUAGUAAUGUCUAGCGAUCUAUAUGAUAUAGUCAUCCGAUUUUGAAAAGAUAUUGCUUAUAUGGGAGAUGUAUGGAAGUAUUUCUAGUAUAUUGUUCAAGAUUUCUUGAGGAAUGUACAAGUUUUCCAAAUAAGAACUUUAUUUUCGACCAAUCAUUCCUAGGGCAGCUUUAUGAUAUAGUCUUUCGAUCCGACAGCUUUAAGAUUAAGAGUUUAGUUUGCAUAGAAAGUCGACAGAUAUAUCUCGGCUCUCGAUCCUGAUCAAGAAUAAAGACACUCUUCUUCCAGGCUUGACACCCUUUUUCACAAAAUUUGAAUACCCUCCGAAAGGGUAUAAAAAGUUGUAAACAUUUUUGUGAAAUUGAUAAUGAAAACUGGCGUUGGGCGGGGUUAACGGUGGGCGGAGGGAGCAUUAACACACACAUGGCCAUAACAUAAAAAAAAAAUUGGUAAAAAAAAAAAAACAAAACAAAGGCAAAAAUAUGCAAUAUGAAAUUCAUAUGAAGCAAAUAUUCAAACGCACAUUACAAUUAUUUUCAACAUAUGUAUGCCCUGUUCGUAUAGUGAAGUGGGGUAUAUGGGAUUCGAGCCGCCAGCUUGUCUACAGAGUAUAAAUAAACCCGAAUAUAUUAGGCCAAGAAAGACUUCUUCAGACAGAUUUCAAUUAUAUGAAAACUCUAAACAGAGUAUUGUACAGUCGGUAUUAUGCGUCUGCAAUGUUUCUACUCUGUUUUUUUUCUGUUUUUGUGUCCAUUUGCCGGUGAGUGGCAGCUGCAUAUUUGUUGCCACAGACGCAAUCCUGAAUAGCUUGCAAAUGGGAUUAAAUGUUAAUGUGUUGGAUUUUUUCGGGGUGCCGGACUUUUUGCGAAAUGUUUCAGCAGCUGCCAGUGUUUAUUUAGUAAACAAAAUAAAACCAUCAACAAAAAGAAAAGUAUAUUUAGUUUUUAGCGAAAUCUAUAGACGUAUUUGAUACAAAUAUUCAUAUGUAUUGUAUAUGUUAAAAAAGAAUCGAAGCAAAAAAAAAAAAUUAAAUGUGUAAUAUUAAUCGAUUAAGUAGCUAGGUUUAUACAACAAAUUAUGCAUUAUGUUAGCUAUG